GAAUUUGACCCGGAGCCUAGAACUAAUAUUGACGGGGAUACUGCAGGGGAUAUUAGGGCGGUCUCGGAUUUUAAUUCGGGGUUCGUUCGUGAAAUUGACGUUUUAGUACGGGAGGCUAGAACCGGUGUUUGAACGACCAGAACUGAUCAUCAUCAGCAGCAGUAGAUAGGUGUAUAGGUGGGAGCUGAGCAAGAGUUGAAGGCAAGAUGAGGUAUGGUCUUCAACUAUUCUGUGCUUGGACUACUACUCGGGAUUUUGGCCAGUGAUCCAC